AUAUAUAUAUAUGCGCCAUUGCAUGCAUUUGCAGCAUCCUACACACUUUGUAAGCAAAAGCAGGAGCCAUGGCGACUCAAGGGCUUACUACGGUGGCAACGGUCAAGCUCUGCUCCCUCGACCGGAGAAACACGAGCUCAGCGAGAUUGGGAGGACUCAGGCUUCUCUACCCUGCAUACCCCAGUGUGCACGCCCUGCGUGCAUGUGCAUCCGGCUGCAGCAGCAUAGGCGGGGCAGGGAGAUGGACUGCUGCUACCACGGCUGCGUCGGCAUCGGUCGCGGCACCAGGCGGCAGAGGUGGGGUGGAGAUGGAGCGGCCGCCGGUGCCGCGGGAGCAGGUGGAGAUCAUCCGUUCGCUGAACGGGUGGGUGGCGGAGAACAUGCUCCCGCUGCUCAGUCCCGUGGAGUCCGCGUGGCAGCCGCACGACUACCUGCCGCGCUCCUCCGCGGAGCCCGGCAGUUCGGAGGCCGAGGCAUUUGACGCGUUCACGGAGGGAGUGGCGGAUCUGCGGGCAGGCGCGGCGUGCCUGCCUGACGACGUGCUCGUGUGUCUGGUGGGCAACAUGGUGACGGAGGAGGCGCUGCCCACGUACCAGAGCAUGGGCAACCGCACUGAGGGCUCCGGCGACGAGACGGGCUCCAGCACGCUCCCCUGGGCACGAUGGUUACGCGGCUGGACCGCCGAGGAGAACCGCCAUGGCGACCUCCUCAACCGCUACCUCUACCUCACCGGCCGCGUCGACAUGCGCCAGGUCGAGACCACCAUCCACCACCUCCUCCGCAACGGCAUGGAAAUGCUGGUUCCCAAGAGCCCAUACCACAGCUUGAUCUACGGCGCGUUCCAGGAGCGCGCCACCUUCAUCUCCCACAGCCACACGGCGAGGCUCGCGGGGCAGCACGGCGACCGGGCGCUCGCCAAGAUCUGCGGUGUCAUAACCGCCGACGAGAGGCGGCACGAGGCGGGGUACACCAAGGCGUGCGCCAAGCUGUUCUACUUGGACCCCGACGGCAUGAUGCGCGCGCUGGGCUACGUCAUGCGCGGGAAGGUGACCAUGCCGGGGCAGCUCAUGUCGGACGGCCGCGCCGACGUCGACACCCUGUUCGCGCGGUUCUCCGCUGUGGCGCAGCGCGUCGGCGUGUACACGGCCAGCGACUAUGGCGACCUCGUGGAGCACUUCGUGCACCGGUGGCGAGUUGCGGAGCUCACCGGGCUGUCCAGCGAGGGCCGCCGCGAGCAGGAGUACGUUUGCGGUCUGGCGCCCAAGAUCCGGAGGAUGGAGGAGCUGGCACACCGGAGGGCGGCCCGCAGCGAGCCCAGCCUUGUCCGGUUCAGUUGGAUCUUCGACAGGUCGGUGCUGGGCUGA